ACCGUAACGGAGUCUUCUGUAGCAUACUAAUCCAGUUCCAAACUGUGAAAAGUAUUUGACAAGUUACAUGCUAGUUUAUAAUUUGUAUACAGUAUAACGUACUUGGAUUAUUAAACUUGCAAUUAUAAAUUGUCCCCAAACGAAUAAGUCAGCGUUUAAUGCAUUAAUAAAUACAGCCCUAGUUAGAACGCUGCCAUGAAAGCUACUGGUGGAAAAAUUGUUACAGGAGCCUUACUGCGUAAAUUACCGUUUUUUUUAUUUUCCUAAAAUAGCAGAAUUUGUGUUUUCGUCAUGCUCACAAGUUGCUGCUCAUAUUGCAGGCAUUACGGUUAGGAAUAAUGUUACACAGAACAGUAAAUUAGUUUAAUUCCCUCCACAUACGCUCUAUCGCUUUGCUCUGUAAAUAAAAAAAAAACUGAGCUCUUUAGUAAAUAUGUUGACAAAAGUCUAGAUUUUCGUAAUUGUAUCCGGUUGAGUAACAAAAGCAACAUAUCCUACACACUUAAACGUAAUUUGAGAUAAUAUUGAAUUAUUAAACCCGCUUGGAGAAACAGUCCCCAAGACCACUAGCAACGCGCUUCGAGCAGGCUAACUUGUCAUUGGCUCUCUGGGGUCACAUGACGACAACUGUCAUGGCGGCUUCCAGGAUGGUGAGGAGGAGUGCGUGGCUGACUUUGAGAUUCUGUGGAGUUCUUCCCAGCGGUAAUGUUUCUGGUUUCGUCAGGCUGGGUGGAUGUACCCAUACAAACCCAGGUGUCCAUUUCUUUCGGUCCGUGAAGAGGAAGCUACAUUGGACAUACGGUCUCCAUCAGAGCCAAGAGGGCACUGAAGGCAGAGAACCAGAAGACUUGAGAGAUGUGGUCAAUGUGGUGUUCGUGGAUCGAUCGGGAAAGAGGAUUCCUGUCCAGGCCAGAGUGGGAGACAAUGUGCUUUACCUGGCUCACAGGCAUGGCAUCGACUUGGAAGGGGCGUGCGAAGCCUCGCUUGCGUGUUCCACGUGUCACGUGUACGUGAGCGAAGACUACUGCGACAAGCUACCCGAGCCGGACGAGAGGGAAGAGGACAUGCUGGACAUGGCUCCCCUCCUGCAGGAAAACUCCCGCCUGGGCUGCCAGAUCGUCCUCACCCCUGAGAUGGACGGCAUGGAGCUGACACUGCCCAGGGUCACCCGCAACUUCUAUGUGGAUGGACACACCCCCAAACCACACUGACCUGAGCUGGUACAAGGAGGGGGCGGGGCUGCAUCUUCGGAAGCACGCGGAGGAGGCUGGCGGGAUGCCGAGGGGACCCUGACCUGCUGUUAUAUUCCAGGAUAUUCCAGGCGGGAGGUGGCACAGCUGGCCAAGCUGGACACAGCAUUGGAGUGGGGCAUCAUGGGAGGACAGAUUGGCACUGCCUUGACGUUUUUCUGGCAAGAGCGAGCAGAGGUGUGCGAAGAUGACUCUAGAAGGGGACUGGACAGAAAUUGCAGAUGAUAGUGGGUACAUAAUGGGGGCAUCAGGGUCAAGACAUGGAGUAGGUUGUGAGUGGUGGGAUAGGGAUGGCAUAAUACAAGUUCCACUACAAUAAGGUUAUUUUUUUUUAGGUGGCCGAAAAACACAAGAGAAAAGGGCAAAAAAAGAUAUCUUCGUGGUGUGUGGACACUGUGAGAUAGCAGCCCUGGGAGGAGCUUUCUUGGUAGGAUAGGUACGUGGGGAGAGGGGAGACGGGAUGUUUGAAACCAAGAUUCAGGUGCAGGAGCAGGUUAAAAAAGUCUGAGUGUCCGAUGACAGGGACUAGUCUCUGCAGCUUAGGGACUAAACAUCAACCGGAAUGAAACUCAGACAAGACAGAGGUCCUCUGUCCUCCAGGGCUGCAGUUAAGAAGCACAGUGCUGUGGGCUUAUUGGUGGGUUAAGCCGCUGUCCAUUCUUCAGAGUGCAGGUGGACAGGCCAAUUGACAGCAUGAGUAGCUGAGCAUAAACAGCAGCUUCCCGGGGGAACCUUUCCAGACAAUCUUCCCCCGGAGCGCUGGUCUGUAUUGUUUGUUGAGGUCAUUAUUUUAUUGAGCCAUUGAGUCACGAUGGUUUCCAUUUAAAAGCUCUCUGUUUGCAGCCUGGCCACAGAUUCCUUCACUGAUGAGCACACAGAGCCAGAUCUCUCAUUCUCUGCGCCGUGCUUCUGUGGUAUGGCUUGGGUUAGUUAAUUUUGCAGCAAAAAAUAAUUUCUCCUAAGCUAGAGCCGUACAGUCGGUCAGCGAGAGAGGGUCACAUGCCGAGUUUUUACCAACAGGCUCCUUUUGUUGUGAGAUCUUUCUCCCUGGUCAGACUGGCUUGCUCCUUGCCAUCUGUGGCUUUUCUCAGGCUCCGAUUUUCAUUGAUGCAGCUCGCUCGCUUGCUUGGAUUUGUUCUACGAUGGUGGCCUGACAGAAUGCGGAGAUUCUGCAAAAGCCAGAAGGUUUUCUACAAAGAAUUGUGCAAUGAGAAUGAGAGGUCUGGCACGUGGGUCCUUUUCCAGCCCUGAGGUGGACAUUUGGACACCGGCUGACGUUUAGGAUUUCCUGGCAGGCUUGCUCUUCCACCUUCUUACCCUGGUGUUUGUCUAUAUCCGAUUGCUCCAGUGCUUUUUGGUUUUAACUGGUGGUGGCCUUUAGAACAGCCGGAGCAGAGUGUGUGCCAGCUUCCUACCCCUGAGGGGUUUGGGGGGGUGGGUGAGAUUGGGGAACCACACGAGUCUCCUCUUGCUGCUGUUGCGAUUUACUUGUCAUGCUGGAGUGAAGACAAAACAGAAAGCAAACCCCCCCCCCCCCAAAAAAAAACACAAUCCGGGCAUGGCCACCUCUGCCCUGGAGGAUUACUGCGUGGGACCCGUGUCCCGAUCCAGUGGGGCUCUCUCUGUCUCGCGGCACAUUUCCUGGUCAAGAACAUUGGUCAGUCAGCCGGGGUCUUUCUGCUGCUCGUCUUGCUGCUGGGAAAGACUGAACCCAUGGGCUUGCCAAGCCUCUCUAGGUGGUGUUCGUUUCGUCUCCCCCUCCUCCUGCUUCUCUGGAAAUGCAGUGGUGUUGUCUGAUCCUAGAACAUGAUUAUUUAUUUUUUUGCUGUGACAGUGCGUGCCCUUCAAAACUGACACCAGCUCCCACGCACAGGGAAGGAUGGGUCUGCCAGCCCAGAUGUGGACGGAUGUGGCGUUACUGCCAUCUGCAGGCUUUGAAAUUGCAAUUGAAAUGAGUAGCAGACUGGCAGUCUUGGAUAGCUUUAACCUUUCUGCCCAGUGUAGUCCUGGGCCAGAGCAAAUGAGAAGUGUGACCGCAGCUCAUACACCCGGCACUGGGAGGGUCUUGUGGGGGAGAAGCAGCGACAGGCACCAUGUAUACACCCCACAUCUGGUUGACAGGUUGAUAUUUUGGUGGUAAUCCAGGCCUGAAGGACCUAAUAAUCAUGUAAAGCAUGUACCCACACCUGCACACAAGUGUUACAUCUUCAGUUUUUUUGUAAGAACUGACUACAUAAUGUAUUGUUGUUUGUCAAAUAAAAUCAUGGUAGGAGGGAGAA